AUGCCUCUGCACGCCUCUGCUGCUGGUGCUGCUCCCUCUGAGACGACCGCGGCAUCGAACCCGACGACGACGAGCGGCUCCAUCUCGACCGCCGCCGCCGCGACGAAACCGAAUGGCGGGGGCGCCGCCGCUACGUCAGGCACGUCCGCCACGAGCACGAAUACACUCUCGGCGCCCUCCUCAAACCCCGCGAGGCCCUACAGUUCCCUCGCAGGUGAGUGGCAUCCUCUGAUGGGGUGGAAGCUGUUGUUGCGUUGCUGUGUGACGUCGGCUAUCCGGCGCCGAGUAGCACUGAUGAACCGGGGUUCUCUCCGGACUUCAAACUGCGCGUGCCGACUCAUGUCGAACUCGCUGCUGGGUGCGGUAACUGGGAAACGCUCGGUGCUGAGCGCUGAUCGAUGGACUGUCUCCCCUCUUUGUCGCUUGGAACCCCCUUUCCCCGCUCGGAUAUCACAAUCAGUCAUCCCUCCGUUCAACGGCACCGGUGGCACUUCGGCUCGAUCCUCUUCAGCCGAAGGCUCGACCUCGCACUCGUACUCGCAUUCGACCUCGUUGGCGGCGGCGGCGUCGUCGUCACACGCACACGCGCAGGCCGGGUCGCCAGCGCCGGGACCCGCGAUCGCCCACUCGAGACCGCAUACAUCCAGCUCUUCGAGUACGUCCCACCACCCGGCCUUCUACGGCUCAGCGAGCGCGCACCACGACAGCGGCACCGGCCACAGCAGCAGUGGCAGCAACAGCCCCGCCAACUACCACACCGACCACCACAGUAGUAGUCACACCAACAACACCAAUCUUAACAAUAACAAGCCACAGACUGCUGCAUCGAGACCCGCGGCCGCCUCCCCACCAUAUCGUGCCAACCCGAUGAGCGUGUCAUCGAUGUUGUCGGGCCCGCCGCGAGAUCGACCCAGUGGUAGCAGCUCCACGCCCCCGUCCGUCAUCGCGCCCGCGCCUCCGACGCUGCCGGCCUCGACACCUCAUCCGCCGACACUGCCUCCGCUCAUUUCGUCAACGUCUUCGGGCUCGAACGGCAAGGGAGCCAACGCGUCGAGGUCGUCCGCUCCCUCCUACCAUCGAGCACCGGCGCUGAGCCCCAUGGCGCCCUCCACGUCUUCGCCCUCGGCGUCAUCUGCUGGCAUGAGCUCAACCGUCAGCAAAGCCCAGUCCCCUGAAAUCUACCCCAAGAUCGAAUCGGGACGCUCUCCGUCGUUGACCUCGGCGACCUCGCCUAGCUUUGCGAAUGCCUCCUCCUCCUCUGCAUCGGCCUCGUCGUCGUCGGCCAAAAUCGAACGCGCCUACCCUCCGCUGCCGUCCGCGUAUGCCCGCGAGUCGCCGUACUCGAAAUCUGCUUGGUCAACGGGGCCGAAUACACCAGCCGGCUAUGGGUCCAGUAAUUCGAACAUGUCCUCGUCGGCCGGACCAUCUGGCGCUCAGCAGCGUCAGCAGCAGCAGCAGCAGCAGCAGCAACAGCAGGCCCAGCAGCAGCAGCAAGACAAGGCGUUCUUCCCCAACAUGCACUCCUUCGGUCGACCUGCCAGCGCCAACCCGAAUGCAAACCUGAGUAAUUCUUCAUCGUCUUCGUCUUCGACACAUCGGCAGCUGAACUCGAACACGACGUCGUACCCGCCCACAUUCCCUUCGUGGUCGAACGCCGGCGCGAGCUCGGGCUCGUCUUCGCAGCCGCCCGCCAGCGCGCCCAGGCAGAGUUCCGCCCCUCAGCAGCCCUUGUCGCGACCGUAUCCUGAUUACUACAGCGCAAGCGGCGAUCAUGGUCGACCUGAAGAGAGCACGAGAGCAAAACCCACCUCGGAUCACCAUUAUGCAUCAUUCUCGUCGACAUCAGCUAAUGCGACGGGCACAACGACUGGCUCGCGGAUAUCGGCCGAGAGCUACAAGCCGGCACCGCUUGGAUCGACCUCGGCUCGACCUACGAAUGGCAAAAGCAGUCAUAUUCGAUACCCUGGGUCCGACUACACGUCUUUGGGCCGGAAUGGCACGAAUGGAGCCCCCGCACCGCCGACUCUGCCUCCGCUGUCGAAUGCACCGUUGAGUACGCCCGCGUGGGCCUCGGUCGAGCCUUCGCCCGCGACUUUAUCUACAUCGACGACAACGGGUCAGAAACGACGGAGAUCAGAAGGGCAGUCGUCAAAGAGCCGGAUCAUCGAGAAGGCCAAACUGGUAGAAAUCUUCAUCCCUCCCUUCUCCGUCGUCGACCUGAGGAAAGCCUACGUCCGGCCCCCUUUGGUCGAUGUACAAUCCAACGCGGUCUAUGAAGCCGUCUCGGCGAUCCGAUCAGCAGCACAAGCCAACGAGGCCGAAUGGGGUCAUCCGACACUCUUUCUCGGUCGGAUCAUCUACGAUCCGACGCUCAACGCCGCUGAAAUGAUCGACGGGCAACUCCUGCGGCGCAAUAUCGGUGGUCGUCUCGAAGUCGUCGUUGCAACAGGCUACCUCGCACCUUGUAUGGCAGAAGGGGAGUCAACGUGCCGAUUCGAAGUAGGUAACCCUCUCGAGUACGAUGGCCACGCCCUGCCCGGCACGAACGCUCUCGAAACCCAGGCUCUGCCCUCGUGCAUUUGGGACUUGGACGCGGUACGGAAGCGAUGCGUAUGGGGAACAGACGUUUACACCGACGACUCGGACGUGGUCGCCAUUUCGCUGCAUUCGGGGUGGUUGCGGCUGUCGGACUCGAGCUCGCCAAAAGCCGGCGACCCUACGGCGGCUCAAGAGGCGUUGCUGAGAGCCCGGACACCCUUGUUGGAACGCGCGAAGUCUUAUGCUUGCAAGAAGGGGCGGUCUUUGAUCGUCAAGCUCGUCGUCGCACCGGCGUUGGUACGAUACGAGGGGUCUCCUCGGCAGGGCAUCAAAAGUCGGUCUUGGGGCAAUGGCCACGAUGGAGUCAGUCUCAUAAUUGAAGGGAUCGAAGUCUGCGAUGUGAGUUUUGGUGAUGUCGUCUGA